CUCAGUGCAGCCGCCGCGCAGCGCCUAUCCAGAAUGGCGGCUCUUUUGGAAUAUCUUCUGUCCAGCAAAGUAGAUGUUAAAACGGUGACAGACUGGCUGAAAACUCCCAAGGGGAACGAAAGACUGCCAUUCAGUAAACCUGAGGAGACAGUUCACAAGCAAGAGUUUGUCCCUUAUCUUUUAAACUUCCUGAGAGAGCAGAGCAGCCAAGCUCUAACACACGGCCCUCCCACACCUGCCAAGACCCCCAGCCGUACCAGGCCCUCUCUGCACUCACAAGGCUUGACUGACCGAAAAGGCUGCAGGUCUGCUGGUGAUGGAGCUAGUUCACGGAGUGCGAGUCGGAUCCAGCUGUUUUCUCCAGCCACGUCUGUGUCACCUGGGGCUGAGGGUGAUGCCGCCAGUCGGUCAGAUUCCCACUGUCUUAGCGGGGUCAGUGCCUUCAGCAGCCCAUCUUUCACCACAAACUGGAGCCCGGCCUCCAGGCCCUCUGAGCGCAGAUCUGGCCAGAGGAUCAGUCUGGGAGACUACAUGGUUUCCUCGUCGGACGUCCAGCAAAGCCCUAACCAGCAGUCACAAAAAGGCCGCAAGAGAAGUGGAGGUGGCAUGGUUGGACAAGGAAGACACGGAGGCGGGCGUUUAGGACACCAUACUGAUGAGAAUGGAUGGUGGGACAGUGGAGGGAGGAGAUCAGGUAGAGGAGGAGGAGGAGGAGGAGGAGGAGGGUACAGCAAGAAAGGUGAGCAGGUCUCACCUCCAUCUGUGGGGCAGCUCAACUUCAACAACUUGGAGGAUUUUCCUCCUGUUGGGUCAUCACCAGUUUCACCAGUGGCAUCCAAACCAUCGAGAAGAAUAAACCCCACACCAGUGAGUGCAGAGCGGCCACAUUCCAAACCAAAGACGUGUUUCACCUCCACACCCUUCAGGAAACUUUGUAGUCCACCAUCAGAGUUAGAGGCACCUCCAGGGUCGGUGAAUGUUGGCAGCCCAUUGAGCCUGCUGGAAGAGAGGGAACUUCUUAGGAAGGAGAAGACAAAACGUGCCCAGCAGGUCACCUCUCCUCUGUCUUCCUCCCUGGACCCUUGCACCCCGACCAAGCCAGGGCUUCGGACAGGAUCUAAAGUUACACCUGACGCUCAGACAACUUCUCCUGAACCAUCCAAAGUCACCUUCUCCUUGGAGCUUGAUCUCCUGGCAGAGCUGUAUUGUACCUGUAUUUCUGAAAACCUUGUCCCAAACAUUUUCCUGGAGCUUUUCUUUGUGAUGCAGUUGUUAACAUCUCGGUCCCCUCACACUCACAAUGAAGAGGAACAGGACAGUUUGUUUGCUGUAAAUGCAGAUGUUAUGGAGAGAUGUUACCUGAGACCUGUACACAACUGUGUGUACUUUGCAGUAAAAGUUCUAGAGAAUCAGUUUCAGUUGGUUGCUCAUUUGGACAAGUGCACAUUACGUCUGCUGGCAGAGAACGAGAGGGUGGCGUCUUUCUCUCCAGAUCUUAGGGACCGUUUGACUCAAGCCCAGGACAAUAGCACAGCCAAGCUUUUUCCUUCCGUUUCCAUUUUUGUUCACUCAGUGCCGUUCCGCCCCGCCACAGACAAUAGAUCUAACUUUGGUAGUGACAAGGCCUUCCACACAUUCAAAAAACAGAGAGAUAUUUUUUACGAAGUGUUGCGAGAAUGGGAGGACUUUCACAUGGAGCCAGGAUGGAACUUUGAUUCUGCUUUAGGGAGCAGGAUAAGAGGAAUGAUGAGUCAGCUGACCUCGGCUGGAAACCAUUCUCAUUUCGCCCGUCUGUUCCUGAAGCAGCUUGUUCAGAUGUGUAAAGGCCCUCGUGUGAACAGCUCUCCUGGGGAUACCACAGACACCGACCUACUCGGCAUGAUGGGAGCUGACGGCUUGGGGCGUCUGAAGCGUCUUGAAGAGCGUCUCGUUCAGCCUCAUGGAGUUGUCGGCCCCUGUGCCCCGCCUUCCUUCCCUGGCCACCAGGUGUUCUUCAGAGACUUCCUACAGAUAGCAAGCUGCUGCCAGCUGAACCAGCACCUACAGGACAGUCUGUGUCAGCAGCUCCUCCAGCUGGACGAGGUGUCCAUCCUGAGCCCCCCUGCUUCCACUGGGGAGGGACAGGGGGAAGCAGAUGGGGAUAUGGAGCAGCAGGAUGAGAAGCAGCGGUUCACGUCAGUGCUUCUUCUCGCUCGUCUACUGGCCAAGUUUCUUGGAUUAAUUUCUUUUCUGCCUUACCAAACAUCUGAGAAACCAUCCAGAGAGAUUCAAGAGAGCGCCGUGGCCCUGCGCAGCAAGAGUGUUCCAGUGCUGGACGUGUGCGCUGUGCUGAGUAACAGUGUGAAAAGGAGGCGGACCAUCUUGACCGUCCCAUGGCUUGUGGAGUUCCUCUCCAUGUUGGACUUUAUCAGUCCUCUGCUGCUCUGCUACAGGACCGCGUUAGGCACACUGCUUCUACUGUACAGGAGAAUGCUGCUGGGCACAUGUGGAGAAAUGUGUUACCUGAACAAGCUUCUAAUGGUGUCUAUGUUGGGAUGGCUCUUUCAUAUUCCUGUGAUUCCCGAGGACAUUUUUUUCACCAAUGAGUUCACUAAGGUGGCUCAGCUGGAGGAGAGCGACACGAGUGGUGCAGGACUUGACUGCAUUCCCCUCGUGGACCAACAGCUUCUUUAUACAUGUUGUCCAUUUCUUGGUGAGUUCCGUAAGCUUCUGGCCGCAUUCGUGUCUGGGAGCACGGCCAAAAGUGGAGGAAUCAUCCGUAAGAUCACUCCCACCUCCGCUGAACCCAGGGAUACAGCAACCGCCAACAGGUCGCAGCAGAAACUACAGGUGGACCUGGAGCAAGCCUUCUUUCACAACCAGCCUCCGUCGUUGCGUCGCACUGUGGAGUUUGUUGCUGAGAGAAUCGGAUCCAACAGCGUCAAGCAUAUGAAGGCUACUUUAGUGAACGUGUUGGUAGAGAGAGGAGAGAAGAUGUUGAGAGAUGGACUGCAGAUGCCAAAAUCAAACCCUGCAAAACUAAAUGACUCCAUCUGUGCUCAGCUGUGUGACGCAGGAUUGGAGGCCCUGCCAAGAGCCACAAGAUAUUGUUGUGAGAAGAGUCCUGAAGCCAUAAGAAUUCUGCUUCCUGAUGAGACCUCUCCUGCUGUCCUGACCACGUCUGAAAACAUCACUAAACGUCUCGCGACAGAAAAAGCCUGCAGCUGGCUCUCUGCCAACAUAACAGCACUCAUAAGACGGGAGUGGAAGAGCAGAUACGAUCGUGUGAUGAAGGCUCUGGGGAGCCCGGUGGCUCCAGACUCUGGGGAAGCUGAGCAGGCCGCGGUUGAGUUGGUCACCCAGGAGCAGUCGACGACUCCCAAGAGAAAACAAGGAAGCGAGCGAGUAAUAUCCUGUCCUCCACACUGCUGCCACAGUGCCUCACUGCCCUCAGACAUACUCAUUGAAUUAAAGGAGUUGUUGAGCAUCGCAGUCGGCCCCAGGACUGAUGAGGAGCUGCCAACAGAGUCUGAGCUCAGAACACUGCUGCAGAGAGUGGGAGACACACUGGCCUGCAAAAAGUUUUCAACUGUGGUGUCCGAGCAGAUGCUUAUAAACACAACCGUCCUACUGGCCUGCAAACUGGUGUCUGCAGAGCUGCCGGUCGUGUCUCUGUCAGUGUACAGAGAAGGCGAGGAGGUUAUUGGUGGUCCUGGUUCAGGGUCAAAGCCUCCUGUCGGAGCACUACUGGAGCAACUUGCUGAGCUGUGGGAGAGAGACUACUGCUCCUCCGCCCCCCUCCACCUGCUCUUCACCCCACUCACUGUCACUGCUGUGUUGAAGGCCAGCGAGACUGAGUGGAACAAUUACCUGUUUCUGGUUAGAAAGCUGGUUGACAGAGGAAUCUUGAGCGAGGAGGUGGUCACAUCUCAUUGGAAGAAGCUAAAAAAACUCGGCCUUGCUGAUGUCUCAUUUCAGGAGCUGAUAGAGAAAUUCCAGCUGCAGUCACAGAGCAUUACACUCCCCUUGCCGCUGGCUGAGCUACCAAACCACAUGGACAUGCUGCAGAUCUCACCUCAGACAAGAGAGGGCACUAUGCGGCAGCACAAUCCUGCCGAAUUUCCCCCAAAGUGUUUUGUGUGAUUUGAGUCAGAUCUGCCAGUUUGUUGCUGAGGGAAGAGAUACUUCUGGGUAAUUCUUGUUGACCAUUUUUCCAGUUGCCAUGUCUGCACAGCCCAUCAAAGCUACUGCACAGUCGGCUUCUGCACAAACUUUGCAAGCUUCAGACUAUUGUUGUUUUUUUCCACUUGUGAAGUGUCAGAAGCCUUUCAUGAGUCCCUGUGCUCUUUUUGCGGAGUUUGUGGUGAAAACCAGAAAGCCCUGCCAGUCACUGGUAGUUGCUAAGGGACCUCACCCUCUCCUUCCUUGGAUUUACCGAUCCUUCCUGCAAGCCAACCUGUAUGUGUUUAUGUCUGGAGGGAAAUACCAGUAGAUCAAGCAUUUCAAACCAUCAAGACCAUAGCAAAGUGUUAGCAAAGACAGGAGAAGGGUGCCCACAAUGGGUAUCUGUGAGUUUUUGUAGUGAAGAAUAUAAUCUGAGGAACUUUGCUGUCAUACUAUGUAUUUCUAGAGUUGACAUGUAAGGCUUUACCAGACACAUCUAGUUGAAUUGUACUGCUUCUAAAAAUGUGAUUUUUUUGUUGUUAGUUUUUAGACCCGCCUGAGAAUAUGUCUUAAUCUCAGUACAGCACUUUCACACUCUGCCUUUGACCUCAGCACUAGUGAUUUGCAUGUGAAUUUCAUGAAUGCAAGAGUGCAUUUGUGAUAUUAUCAGUUGUUAAUUUUUAAUGAGCCCCAUAUCGUCUGCUGCGGUUGAUUCUAAAUAUUUUUACGUCGCUGUUAAGUUUAAAAUGUAAUAAUAAAGAUUUAUUCUUGUUUAA